UGCUCGAGCCACUCCCUCCCGCUGCAGGGCGGAGUGCGAGGGUGCCUUUAAAUUGGGUGCGAGGGAGCCGCUGCCUGCUCAUUCUCAUCUGUGAUGUAAGGAGAGCUUUUAGGUGUCUACGCCGAUCGCCUGACUUCGCCUGUCAUUUUCUGCCGAGCACCCUUUCUCUCUGCCACUCUGCCGCUGGGUAGAUGUGCCCUUAAACCACUUCCGCCGCCGAGCACCAGCUGGUCCGGACCUUGUCUCUCUCUGCCCAGCUCGACCUGGUGGUGCGUGCUCAGCUCCUUGCUCUCCCGAGGGUGCGCAGGCAUGGAAGGGGAGGAGGAGUGCAGGGUGCUCUCCAUCCAGAGCCAUGUCGUGCGGGGCUACGUGGGCAACAAGGCGGCGACUUUCCCCCUACAGGUGUUGGGCUUUGAAAUAGAUACCGUGAACUCUGUCCAGUUUUCAAAUCAUACAGGUUAUGAUCAUUGGAAGGGACAGGUAUUAAAUUCAGAUGAACUUCAUGAACUGUAUGAAGGACUGAAACUGAACAAUGUCAAUCAUUACGACUAUGUACUUACUGGCUAUACCCGGGACAAAUCAUUCCUUGCAAUGGUGGUUGAUAUUGUUCAAGAGCUAAAGCAACAAAACUCCAAUCUGGUAUAUGUGUGUGAUCCUGUGAUGGGUGACAAAUGGAGCGGGGAAGGCUAUAUGUAUGUUCCAGAGGACCUCUUUCCUGUGUAUAAGAAUAAUGUGGUACCUGUAGCAGAUAUAAUAACACCAAAUCAGUUUGAAGCUGAGUUACUUACUGGCAGGAAGAUACAUAGUGAAAAAGAAGCGAUAGAGGUAAUGGAUAUGCUCCACAAUAUGGGACCAGAAACGGUUGUAAUCACCAGCUCAGACCUUCCAGCUCCUUCAGGAAAUGAUUAUCUGAUUGCAUUAGGAAGCCAAAGGAGAACUACAGCAGAUGGCACUAUAGUGACACAAAGGAUCCGAAUAGAAUCUCCCAAAGUAGAUGCUGUCUUUGUUGGAACAGGAGACCUAUUUGCUGCCAUGCUCUUGGCUUGGACUCACAAACACCCAGACAAUCUUAAGAUGGCCUGUGAAAAGACAGUAUCAGCAAUGCAACAUGUUAUACAAAGGACCAUCAAAAGUGCAAAGGAUCUGUGACAGAAACCUGACUUCCAUGAAAUAGUGCCCAGCAUAGAUGAGAUCCACUACCAAGCACAUGUGCUGGCCUUGCUUGAAUUAAGAAGAGAAAAAAGUUAGGUGUGUAUUACAGCUCCCUCCCAGGUAUGAAAAUGGCUGUCAAAUUAAUUUAAUCUCAUUAUAAAACCUGGGUAUAAGCACACAAGGUUUCCUGCCUUGCCAAAGAUUCCAGGACUGCAUUUUUAGUGAACUGAUUGACUGGAGUAUAUAAACUGUGGUAAAGUGUCAUGUGCCAAUUAAGUAGUUUACCAUUUCCCUUAAAUGAAGAGGUUUGGUAGCCUGCUAAAAUAUUCAGUACCUCAACCGUCCUAGAGCAUAAGAGAGGUUCAGGCAACAUAAGGGGAUGGAUGGGUGGGUGGGUUUUUUCAGUAGGUACUGCACACAGGCCUUGGAGGUAUAACAUGUCUGAACCAUUCCCUUCUGUGAAUAAAUCCAAGAUUCCACUGUACAGAGGUGCUAAUCCUUUACUAUCAAACUAUUAAAAAUAUCCCAAGUCAUAUUUUUGUUUAGAAAGAAAUGAUGUGUAGAAUAUAAUGGCGAUUCUACCUCUGAUAGAAUAGGCUUGACUCAAUUUUAUCAGCUUUUUCCUUAACCAAUACUUACUGUGAAAUCUGAGAAUCCCAGUUCAUCUUCUGACAACUAGGAGUGAAGUGAAAGGCUGUGUUACAUAUUAAGACCAAUUCACUGUUUAUUGCUGUGAGUGAGGGUAUUCCUGCUCUAUGAAUGGAGAAUUAAAUUAAAGCACCAUCUAAUGAAUCAGUUCUAUCAGAGGCAGAGUUUUAACAUACUAAGCAUUGCUGUUGCAGUUUCUAUCCCUUUCAAAAACAUUGCACACUUUCUGGAAACGAACAUAGAUUUUUCUGGGAGUUUAAUGCCCAUUAAUACUGAUUAACCAGUACAGGCCAGUCUUCAUGGAUUUACAGUUAUUAAUGUUUUAUUCUAAAAUAAUUAACAGUUGUGCAUUGCAGUGAAAUAUAAACAUACCUAAAUACUUUGGAAAUCAGCAGAGUCUGUAUUCUUUUGCAUGCACUAAUCUCUUACUGGAGAUUAUACUGGUGUAGGCUUUCAUGGCCAGUAUCUGUUGUGCUGUGUUGGGCUUCAGGGUUUAGUGAUGAUAGCCUAGAGUCUAGACAAUAGAUUUUCUGAUGUUUCGCUGGCAACUGUGGUUGUGGCCAUCUUUGUCUCUGAAGACACCAGCCACAGUUGUCAACCAAGCACCAGGAACCUGUUGUCUAAACCAUAGUGAUUAAACCCUGAAGCCCUACACUGCCCAAUCUCUUUGAAAUUAUUAAAUUAGCUUUGAUUCUCUUUAUCUAUUAGUCUUAAGAUCAUGCACAAUUAAUUUUAACUCUUAUUUCUUUGCUCCCAUUGUUGAUUAUUCCAUAAAUAAUAUGGAACAGAAAAAAACAGGGUAUCAUAUCAAUCCACAAUCCUUCUUCUUUACAGGUAACCAGGGUAUUUUCAUUAUUUCUAUUAAAUAUCUUUUUCUUGGGACAUCUUUGAAACUCAGAUUCUUGCAAAAGUGUUCUCAUUAACAUGAGAAACUCUUGAACCAACCUGUGAAUUCCAUUCUUAGAAUCUUAAAGAUUUAUUAACUUUCAUUUAUUAAAAAUAUUUAAAUGAUCUAACCUUCAUACACCUGAAGGUUUUUUUUUCUUUCUCCAAAGUGGUCUUCAGCAUCAAACAAGUUUCUCACUUGUGGCCUAUUUUAGGGCUAGGGCAAUGUAAGACCUUCUCUGUCUUCUGGAAUAGCAUUUCACUAAUAUGUAGGCAUUAAUGUCUUUGAUAAGCAUGACAACAGCAUGGGCAGUAAGCAGAUGCAGAAACUCAGACUACCUUCGUCUUGCCUGCGAAAAGAAUUAAAAUGUAAACAACACUAGCACAUCAUUGAUUGCUUUCAUAAACUACAGUGGCUAAAUAUUGCCUACACACCCUGUCCCAGCCUUUCAGUAUGCAAUCAUAGCAUCUGUAUUUGAAGCUAAAAGGUAUUUUGAACCACUUCCCAGACACUGCACGGUUUUGGAAGCCAUAUUUGCUUCUCUUACUAGAAAAUGCCAGUAUAAGCCCUUUGGAGAAGAUAGCAUUUCUUCAUCCAGCUAACUGAUCAUAGCUUUCAACAUUCCAUUAGAUGAAUCAACCUCAUCUUGGUAGAAUUCUGAUUUUAGGUUUUCAGGUCAAAGCACAUCUCUGUAUCAUCCAGAUAUAUCUUGACUGGAUAGCUGGUUUGCUAUAGAAAUAACACCUUUAAAAGCGUUAUUUAAGAGUUUAGACCAAUUGAACUCUUACUUUUUUUGGGGGGGGGUUCUUUGUCUCUUUUUCAGAAUGUUCACUUUGACUAAGAACUUCUUUCACCUACUCUUUUUAAUUGUUGGAGGCAAAAUACAAACACAUAUUUAACAGAUCUGAAAGAAACACAUUCCCUUUAAGAUAAAAUCAAAAGGCAAAGUCUGUAUCUGAAAAAGAAUCUCUCUUGUUGAAGUAUGGAAAAAUUCUAUAAUUGACCGAAAUCCAGGCAGUCAUUUAUCUAUUGUUACCAUUUCCAUGAAAUAACCUUUAAGUCGUUAAAAUGUAGGAAAUGUGGCAGUCUACUACUGCAUGAGAUUCCUGCCAACAGAACCAAACAAAGCAGUUAUGUCAACAAUUGCCAUUCUAACUUUAAGAAGAAAAUCCAAUAUCAGUGUUCACUGCCCUACCUAGAGCCAACAUAGUAUUUGGACUGGGAGAAUAUAGGUUUUUUUUGGGGGGGGGGGAAAUCAGAGCACAGAGACUUUACAUCUGUUAAGCCUAUCUGGUCAUUUAAAAGAGUACAGAAUGUAUCAAGGAUAAAGUUGCAUUCUACUUACAUCACUACUCACAGUUUGGGGAAACUUGAAAAUAGACAAUCAUCCUUCCUGCCCUUUGCUCCUAGUAGGUGAAUUAGUGCCAUAAUAUUCCUAAAUCUGGGACAAAUAUAUUAAGGCUCUUCAUCUUUCAUAGAAAAAUAGAUAGUUAAAGCUGCAAUAAUCAAAAAUAUGCUACCAGUUGAGCUGGUAAUUCUCUAGGAGAAUUAACUUGUCUUUUACAAAAUUAGCUGUCUUUUCCCUUGUCAUAAGUUAACCAGUAUGUAUUAACUCAAAUUGAGCAUUUGGAAUUUGUUUUUUGUUUUUUAGAUAAAUAAGAAUCAUUUUAUUUUUAAAGAAAAAGUGAAUGUUUAUUCAAUGCAGAAUUUUAAUUAUGUCAAACCUUCUCAAACACCUUCUCUUGUAGAAUAAUCACCAAGCCAGUACAAAUAUAAUCUUAACCAGGCAUCCAGCUAGUCUGGAGAACAGCAAAAUAUUCCUUUUGGAGGAAAGAAAAGAUCCCUUCAAAAUCAAUCUUCAUCUUAUAAUAAAUUUUAAAUAUUACUUUAAAAUGAUGUAUUUUAAUACUAAAUAUUAUUUAUUUGUUUUUAAUGCUGGCUAAUUUUAAUCAUUCCUUUAAUUUUGAGGAAAAACCUACACUGUUACUCCUGCUAUAGAUAUUGAUUCUUAUGUUUGAGACUCAACAGGAAAUCACUAAAGAAAAGGAAAUAUAAAAGUUCAGUAUGUUAUCACAGAUCAUUGGUAGUUGCUGUGAUUUUUAAUUGCUUUACAUUAUCUGGUUAUAUGUACAAUCCAUCUACAUAUUACAUGGAACAUUGAUUCCGUUUUCCUAUGACUGUUUUUUCUUUUAGACAACCAGUUCCAAAUACUUUUGGAAUCAGAAGUACACAAAGCCACUAACAAAUACUUUAUAUGUUAGCAUAUUCAUUUAAAGGAAAGAAUAUUUCAUAAAGUAGUUGUCCUACUUACAGGCCCAUCAGCUGAGUUUCAAUAUAUACACAGUAGAGAUGACUGUUUCCCAAGUAUAUACGUCAGGCAUCAGCACUGUCCUCACACAUCUGUUUUUGUCUGGAAUGAGAUAAUAAAGAAAGGGAGAUGCUGUCAGUAUCCAGUCAUCUCUCUCUGUCCAUUUUUUUCUCCAAAGAGCAGUGAAAUGGAUCAGAAGAGAGGCAAGGGUUUGCUAUAGCCAUAGGUGAGGGUAACACACAGGCAUCAACAUUUUUAAAUACAUCCUACAGAAUGCUUUUUUUUUUUAUGCUGUGCUCUCGCAUGGGAUCUUACCAUUCUUUUGUGGGUAUUUUAGCAUUACAAAAAAAAAUGCAGUUGUGUGCUUGGCACCUUCAAUAUUGUAUGAGAUUAUAUAAUGGCAUGCACCAUCUCUAAAGGUUAUUAUUUCUUGGCUUGGCUUUAGCCAUUAUCCUAAAGUGUGAACCCAACUAUGUUUUUCAGCAUCAGCAACUUAAGAUAUUUUAAUGCAAGGACCUAGACUCGUUCUGUCUCUCUCUCUCUUUCUCUCUCUCUACACACACACACACAAACACACACACACACACACAGAGAGAGAGAGAGAGAGAGAGAGAGAGAGAGAGAGAGAGAGAGAGAGAGAGAGAGAGAGAGACAAAGCUGAUCUGGGCUAGCUGGAUAAGAAACAUAUUGAAAUUAAAGAAGUUAAAUAGUGUGUAUUUUAAUACUAGCAGAAGUAUAAUCAUAUACCUCUGUUUGACAUAUAACACUAAAUUGAAUAACUACUACUACUUUUUAGUAGUUGUUUUAACAAAAAUGAAUGGUAUUGAUAACAUGUUACUCAUAAGUAUCCCACUUUUGGCAAGGACCGUUUCAGUAUAUCUGUGAAACUAAUUUUUAUUACUAUGGUUUGAAUUGUUUGUGAUUUAUAACAAGGUAAUUAUGUUAUAAAAAUGUGUAACUGAAUUCUGGCAUGCUUAGAUUUUAAACAAAAUAGCUUCAGAAAAUGACAAUGUUAUGCACAGAAAUCAAUAGCAGGGAAAUGGUUAAGCAAUUAGUUAUCUUCCUGAAGUUAUUUUUUCUUUAAAAUAUACUGAGUAAGGAACCUCUACUACAUUUGCACAUACUGUAAUCCUUUACUAGGGUUAGGGUCAGCAGGACCAAAAUUCAUGUAAAAUGAAGUUCAAAUUAACUUUAAUGUAUUUAAUUGUUUCUCACAACCCUGAACUUAAAUAACAUGUAGAAAAUAAGUAGAAACAUACUUGUAAAACAUACAAAUCCUUGAUUUUAACAUGCUUUCAAGAAGCAUGUAUAUAUAUUAAAACUGCUUUAUUUUGAUAUUUCUUUACCAAAUUGUAUUCAAAAUGCAGCAAAUCUGAUCAACGCAAUACUUUACAAAAACUUUAGAGGACCAAGAUUUCUAGCUAAAGAUACUGCCUUGUUGAGUUCCCUGAUCUGUAAUCUUCCCUGGGUGGUGUUAAUAAUUGUCUGUCUGGUACUGUGAUCAUACUUGUUUCUUGAUUUAUAAUAUAUAGCAGGAAAGAUUGUAAUAAAAAUAUCUUUAUUCAAUACUACUCUGCAUAACUAUGGUUAGAUUUUUUUUGUUUUAAGCUAUGUCAAACUUAAACAAAACCAGAUUGGUUUUAUUGUGCUGUUAAAUCAGGUGGCCUUUAUUUAUUUAUUUUCAUUACUUGAUGUGACAUGUGGAUGAUGAUUGAAGAUCAUAAUGUGAAUGGUAGCUAAAGAUCAUUAUCAGCUUGUGAAAUGGCUAAAGAGAAUCAACAGUCAAAUAACCAUGAGGUCAUAUAAAGGGCCCAAACUACCCUGAAGAAUGAGCAUUUUCAUUCUAAAGUGGCAUGAUUAUCUGUAUCUUUAAAUUGUAUGGAGAAAAAUUAUACAAAGCUUUGGAUGUUUCAUUUGGAAUAUUCUUGAGCACAAAGGUAGCACUAUGCAGUGCAUUAAGUCAGACUAAGCUGCUGUUUUAAAGUAUUGCACGCAGGACCAAAAGUAUCUUUUGGAGAUCAAUUCCAAAAGACUACAUAGCCCUUAUAAUGAGGUUUUUAUCUACAUAAAGUGCAGAUAAAAUAGAUGAUGAGCAUUUCACUACAUAUUCUGCAUAUCUACCUAGUUUGAUAUGUUUACAAAGUAAGGUAGGGAUAUUCAAAGUGACUGAAUCUACAACUGAACUUCAGAAAUUGCCAGAUUGUAGCAAUGAAUUUAAUGUUUUUCCCUGGUUCUGAUCAUUGUUGAUUUGGUGGUUCUAAUCCCAGCAAUAGCUCAUGGCCUUUAGAUUAAGGCAAAGGGGAUAGGGGAUUGAUCAGUGCUUGCUACUACAUUAAAUUAACCUUUGCAAUCUCAUAUUCAGUAUGAAGAUAGUUGGGAAAAAGUAUGCAGAAACUUUGACUGUAUUAAUGAUCAGUGAUUCUGUUCUGUGAGCUGCUUACACAAAAAUCUGCAUUUACAACAACUGGAAACUUCUAGUGGGAAAAGAAUACUAGAGCCAGCAAUAUCAACCAAUUAAUAGACCCCUCUCAUUCCAUUUUUUUCCCCAAGAGUCUCCUGCUUUUAAACUUGAAAUGUUGUGGACCAUGUCUGUUUGUGGUGUAAACUGUGGCCUAAUAUUUUUCCUUUUCAAAUGGACCAUAGGUAGAGAUCAUCCUGUACAAACUUAAACCAUAAUAUUAAUCACAAGGUAACAUGACUUGGAGUGCUAAUUGAACAAAGCUGCAAUUUGAGAACCUUAUUGAAUUAUUUCAUUCAAAUAUAAAACACUGUGUUAGGUGUUGAGUAGUUAAUAGAUCACCUGCAUGGGAAAUGGCAUCAGAAUUCCAGCUUAAUUAGAAUACUGAACUUCCUCCUUUAGGGAUGCUCCACAUGCAAAUGCAUUUGUGCCCUCUCAGAUUUUUAAGAAGUGUAAAAUUUAGUCAAAAUAAAACCUAAAAGAACAGAAGUAGUGUUUAUGGUGGAAUUGGCAAAAUAUAAAAAGGAAAUAACAUAGCAAAGAAACAGAUUAUCCUCUUGCUUCCAUUUGGUUAAAGUGAGGCUAUGAAGAAGGGUGCGAUAUUUUGGCCAACUGCAUAUACUAUUUUCCAAAAUUCUAGUCUGGAUGAUGCCAUCCAAAGACAACUGAGACCUGUGUAACUGGCACCUAGUACUCCAAGUUUGCCUGCCUUUUUGAGCAAAAAUGUAUUAUUGAACUUAAGAUUUGUAUUAAAAAUCAUGAUUUGGGUGCAUUUAAAGAACACAAAGUAGAGGAAGCACAUAAAGAUACUGCUAAAUUGUGCCAUAUGUUAAUAAGUGGAAAUUGUAUCCUUGACAUAUUGCCUUUCAUUGCAUUGCUAAUUAGAAUAAUAGUUGUGUCUAGAAGAAUGUGGCAUGUGUACUUUGUGUGUGUCUUGAAGUUCUAUGUACAUGAAAUUAACGUAGAAAUUGAAGGCUUAGCAGUGCAGGCCUUCAGCAAGGGAAAUAAAAUUAUAUAUUUUUAUAGACAAUUGUACAAUUUUAGGUCUCAGCUACAGUACAUCACAUCAGCUUCUUCUAAGAAUGUAAAGCUGCAAGACUGGAUAGAAGAAGGUGGCUGUGGAAAUGAAAAAGAGAGUUCAAUCAAUCCCAACAGCCCUAGAUGGAUUUAAUAAAUAAAGAUGCCUUUGAAAUAUAUUUUUAGCUCUAAAAUAUUAAAUGGAGAAUAUUUGCGAGCAAACUUUCUAUGUCUAUGACAUUUGUGUAGUGCUUUGUAUUGAAGAAAUCAAAUGGUUCUAUGUUUAUACUUCUUAUUAAUUGUUCAUGAGUUGUAGGGACAAUAAGUAGACAAAUUGUUUUUAUUCCAGAAAAAAGAAUCUAUGUGAUGUGCAGUUGUGUAUAACUGUUAGUGGCCACUGUCCCUAUGAAGAAUGUUGUUUGUAUAUUUUCUGGUUUGGCACAUGUGACUUUUAUCCAUUUUGUAGUGAAGUUUACAUGCUAAAAUAUGUAAUAAGUAGAAAGAUAAUAAAGUCAAUGAACAAUCUAAGUAAAGACCAAGAUUUAAUUCCUGUUGAACAAAGUGCAAUGGUUAGUCUAUUUAUGUACUUUUUUAAAAAAUGGAAUCUCCUAAGUCUUGUUCUUCAUUAAAAUGAAGCGUAAUAGGUCA